AUGAGGCAUUUCUCCGACAUACGGGAAAGAGUCGUCAGUGUAACCCAAAAUUCCGCUCCAAACAUAAUCAGUUGUAGCUUUGGUGGUAUCCCAGGUAUGGAACCGCUUCAUGUAGCCGUCAAAGUAUCGCUCGCUUCCAGGAACCAGAGUGCUGUCAUCGACCACAUUGUAGAAGAGAUUCUUGAACGGGAAAAUGUGCUUCUUCGCACCUCCGACAAUAACGGAUCCGUCAGGGCGGUUGAUCAGGUAAUCUUGAUCUGCUCCAUCGUACCGGAUUCCGUAGGUAUUAUUCAAAUGAGCUGGACGGUUCUCCGGGUGGAUCCGGCAUAUCCUGAUCCCACUAUGACAAUAUCAGCUUCAGCUGGGAGCUCUUCUGUCGAUCUGAGAUCUUUGAAAUCGACCUCAGCCGUUAGCCAAAACGAUUUGACCGGAUUGGAGGCUGGUAGAUACUUUGAUGACAUUACUUGUCUGAAACUUUAG